AUGUCCACCGUAUUGAGGACGCUGCGCAACUUGCGCCGAAUUGGUCUGAAGGACUAUGCCCACCAAAUGCAGAGCGCCAUCCAUACUGACGCGGAACCCACGAUAGGUGACACCAAAGCCGGAACUCUGAUCGGAACCGAUCGCUUCGGUAACAAGUUCUACGAGAACAUGGAAGAAGAGUUGCCUCUUCGGACACGAUGGGUCGAUUACAAGGUCAACUGGCCCGAGUAUCAGCCCGAUCACAUUGAACCGGGCUGGCACGCUUGGAUCUCCUACAUGGUCGAUACACCUCCAGUUGCAGACAAGCUUCUUCAACCAGGUCAGCGUGCCUGGGAGAUUCCUGAGCACCGCGUUAAUCCAACCGCGAGCCGUGCUGCCUUCAAGACAUACUCCACCACUCGUCCUAAGUACUCCGCCUGGACCCCUGUGGCUGCUCCGCGGUAA